GCGUCUGACAUUAGAGCUCACCCCUUUCGCGAUGGCAGGAGCGGCCCCACAAAGCCGCGACAGCACCGGCGUUUGACUGGAGCUCUUUGUUUGUCCUCUUACACUUAGUGAACACACCGAGUACUGAUGAUGGAUAACUUUCAUAUCAGGGACUGACCGGGACGGCAGGUUGCCCUGUUGAACGUGUUUUCUGUCAGCAGCCUGUUGUGAGCUGUGAGAGGAGAGCAGUUUUCGUACCUUUGGUGGUGAACCAGCAUCACUCCAUCAUGACCAAAGAGGAUGAGAUCGGAGCUCAGGAGUUCUACGACAAGUAUGAGCCCAAGGAGAUUCUGGGAAGGGGAGUGAGCAGUGUGGUGCGUCGCUGCAUCGACAAACGGACGUCUCAGGAGUAUGCGGUGAAGAUCAUCGACAUCACCCCCUCGGACAAGAUGACUCCGCAGGAGAUCGAGGAGAUCAGAGAGGCCACGGUGAAGGAGAUCGACAUCCUCAAAAAAGUCUGCGGACAGGAUAACAUCAUACAGCUCAAAGACUGCUAUGAGUCCAAAGCCUUUUUCUUCUUGGUCUUUGACCUGAUGAAGAGGGGUGAACUUUUUGACUACCUCACAGAAAAAGUUACCCUGAGUGAGAAGGAAACCAGGAAGAUCAUGCGUGCUCUGCUGGAGGUGGUCCAGUUUCUCCACUCUCAGAACAUUGUCCACCGGGACCUGAAGCCUGAGAACAUCCUUUUAGACGACCACAUGAACAUCAAACUCACCGACUUUGGCUUCGCUGUGCAAGUGCAGCCGGGACAGAAGCUCAAAGAGGUGUGUGGGACCCCUGGUUACCUCGCUCCUGAGAUCAUCGAGUGCUCCAUGGACGCAGGGCAUGCAGGAUAUGGGACUGCUGUGGACAUAUGGAGUUCAGGGGUGAUCAUGUACACGCUGCUUGCAGGUUCUCCGCCCUUCUGGCACAGGAAACAGAUGCAGAUGCUGCGUAUGAUCUUGGCGGGGACAUACGACUUCUCGUCUCCAGAAUGGGACGAUCGCUCAGACACUGUUAAAGAUUUGAUCUCUCGGAUGCUGGUGGUGGACUCAAAGAAGCGUUUCACAGUCGCAGAUGCUCUCAACCAUUCGUUCUUUUCUCAGUAUGUGGUGGAUGAAGUACGACAGUUCAGUCCAUACAGGCGAUUCAAGGUCAUUUGCAUGACCGUGCUUGCGACAAUGAGGAUCUACUGCAACUACCGCCGUGCCAAGCCUGUUACCAAGGAGGUGAUCAAGAGCGACCCAUAUGCCGUCAAGCCCAUCCGCAAGCUCAUUGACGCCUGCGCGUUCAAGAUCUAUGGCCACUGGGUCAAGAAGGGCCAAACUCAGAACAGAGCGGCACUUUUCGAGAACACUCCCAAGGCCAUCCUGCUGUCGAUAGCUGGUGAGGCAGAUGAGCCGAUGCACCACAUCUGGUAACAAGCACUUGUUUCCUCAGGGCAGAUCUGCUGGAGCUAAAAUGUAACUGUCUACGACCAGACAAGGUUAAUGUAAGUAUGUCUUUAAUGGGGAUUCUCUGAUGCAUUUAAAAGCUGUAUUCAUUAUUACAGUGCCAAGUGUGGCAAACAACACAUCUGGAUCACUACCAUUAAGAAGAUGCAUUACUGUUUAACAGUUUGCUCAUUGUCAUAAAGUCAGAAAAAAAAGACUGUAAAAUAAUAACAGAUUUACUGGUAUAAAAAAGGGUUUUAUAGAAAGUAUUUAAUUUUAAGAGAUCCAGUUCUCAACUGUAUAUGCUGUGAAAAUUCUGUGUUAUUCUUUCAUUGAUGCUUGUAUAAAGCAAAUGGAGCUGUCAGCCAUUCUAUUAUCAUCAGACACGGACCGUUUCUUUAACACUAUGCUACCAUCUCCAUAUCUCAGAAGUGGACUCAUGGUUUCCACCUUAUCUUUUACCAAAUUAAAUAAAAACUGACUCUAAUGCACUGUUCAACUUUAUGACAUACAUUUCAAUUUUAAAUAAUCAUGCUUAUGGAAUCAACUAAUAAUAUAAAUGAUGCUCACCAUGUUAUUCUUUUCACCAUAAA